AUGGCUGCUACAUCACUCUACCAGUCUUCCUACCCUCCGCAGUUGACGCCAGAGCAGCAAGAAUAUCUGGCCACUACUGUUCACGAAUGGACCAUUACCAAUGGUCUGGUGGUGCGUUUGCGCUCCGCCAAUGGGGCCGCUGAGGAUUCAGAGACAAGUCAUGCGGGUACGAUCCCAAUCACCUUGUUUCCCAGUCGGUUUCCUGCGGAUUGUUUCCUUGAAGCAUUGGAAAUCCAGACUGCGUACAACAGGCUUUAUGCGGCCGUGGCUAGCGACGAAGAAUGGCUAGGACGGGUGGUGCAAGAAUUGGCUCCCAUAGAUUCAUUCAUUGCUAAGCUAUGGGAGAUUCAUGAAACCGUCAAGGCGGAAGGCUACGUCCAGGAUCUUUCGUUUGGCCUCUUUCGCUCAGACUACAUGGUCCACUACCCCGAGACUCAGGAACGACCAACUAUCAAACAGGUCGAAAUCAAUGUCAACUCUGCAGCAUUUGGCGGACUGGCCCCGCAAGUCACUUCUCUUCAUCGCUACCUGAAUUCCGUGAACGCAUACCCAGAGUCAGCUUCAUCCACGAUUCGUGCUGGCAGCCUUCCGCCAAACCCGUCCACUGAACGCAUCGUAGCUGGUCUUGCGGCAACUCAUGCUGCCUAUGGUCCGUCGCCAUCUAACCAUCCACUAUGCAUCGUCCUCAUCGUCCAAGAUAUCGAGCGCAAUGUGUUUGACCAAAAACACCUUGAACUCUCCCUCUUUUCUGAGACAAAGGCCAAUGUUUUUCGACUUCCCUUCACACAGGUCCUCCAACAUACUCGACUUGACACGGAGCGCAGGCUGCUUUACUCGCCACCUGCUUUUCCCGAUCGUAUCUACGAGGUUUCGACCGUAUACUUUCGUGCCGGUCAAUCGCCUGAUGAGUACAAUGAAGUGACAUGGGAGGCGCGCACCCAUCUUGAACGAUCCCGGGCAAUCAAGUGCCCAUCUGUGCUGCUUCAUCUGGCGGGCUUCAAAAAGGUCCAGCAGAUUCUUGCAACGCCAGACUCACCACACUUGGCUCGUUUCCUAGCGGCAGAACGAGAGUGCGAGCGUGUCCGAGCUACAUUUGCACCCAUGUACCCCAUGGACAUGUCCCUAGACGGUCUGAAGGGUCGCGAGAUGGCAACCAAUCCAGAAAUCGCCAAGAGAUUCGUUCUUAAACCACAGCGAGAGGCCGGUGGAAACAAUAUUUACCGCGGCGCCAUCCCCGCAUUCUUACAGAACGUUCCUGAGAGCCAGUGGCCAGGAUACGUGCUGAUGGAGAUGAUUGAGCCUCCAGCUCAACGAAAUGCAAUCCUCAGAGAUGGAGAACUGCAGUCCGGUGGUGUGAUUUGUGAACUUGGAGUCUGGGGAACGGUCCUAUGGAGAAGGACAGACCAGGGAAUCGAAGUGCUGAAGAAUGACGAGGCAGGCUACCUUUUGCGAACCAAGAGUGACCAGAGCGAAGAGGGUGGAGUCGCGGCAGGCUUUGGUUCGCUUGACAGCGUGUGCUUGGUAGAUGUCUAG